CCUGCAGCGACGGCGUCACAUUGUUAAUGCUUUUCUAAUGUCUGCGCUUCUAGCACGGCUAGAGAAACAAUAAUUUCGCGUUAGUUCGCGAGAAAAAAAUAAAUAUCAAAUAAUAAGUGUAAUAUUUGUUUAUAUGCUCUAAAUAAAGGAACAAUCGCAGCCUACGCCUUACGUAUAAGCGCCUUAAAUGUGCCAAUAUGGCGCACAAACGAGUGAAAACAGAGGACAUGGAAGUGAAUUACAAAUUUGCGUGUCGCUGUUGCCUCAAAUCCGAGGCGGAAUUCUUUAAGCUGGACUCACUAAUCGAGUGUGGCAUAAGCGAGCAUGACGCGUCCUCUACUAAAAUACCCCUGAUACGCUUACUAUUAUUCUGCAUGCGCACUGAAAAUCAGCCCGAGCUGCCGCAAUACAUAUGCGUCGAGUGUAGUAAAAGUUUGCAAAUCGCAUACUAUUUCAUACAGAACGGCUUGCGCGCACAUGAAAUACUCUGUCGCAAGCUGUGCCCUGGGAAGCUAAAGACAACAACUCGUUCGAACGGACAACUUGCAUCGCUAUGGACCGAGCCAAAUGGCAGAGAUGACGCGUCGCUGCCCAGGCUCUGGGAGCAGAAACCUCUAAAGCCCGAUGUACGACACGAAUGCAAAGUAUGCGGUGCGAUUGUGUACAAUCGCAUGGAGCUCAAACAGCACAUACGCAUGCACACAGAGUCAUCGCAACAUCAGUGCAAAUUGUGCAACUUUGUCACGCUCAAGCAUCGCCAGCUGCCGGAGCAUUAUCGCAAGGCACACGGCUUGACAGCUGCCCAAAUUGAGCAACAGAUCAAAAUCAGACGGUCUAUGCAGGCGGCUGCAACAACUGCAGCGACAUCAAACGCAAUAGAAACUCCUUCAGACGAUGGUCAGGUGAAGGUGUGCACACUGGAGGACAUGGAGCUGCUGAUACCCACUGUGCUGACGCCAGAGGAUUUUACGCAUCCACAACUGGAUGCGGAUCAGUUGCGUGAUAUUGAGCAGCAAUUGGCGAACGCGCUGCCCGUCCCACAGUCCAAUUUAGCUGGCAUACCAGCUGAGCCGACGAUAGAAGCUGGCGGUAACGCCAAUGUUAGCAUCGGUGCCGAGUUUCUGGUCAUGCCCGAUGGCUCUUUGCAGCAAGUAAAUGAUGCCGGUGUGGUUUUCGAAUACAUUGAUGAUAGCAAAAACACCAAUACGACAACCAAUAUGACAUUGCAGAGUCUUUUGGGCGAUUCCAAGACUGAUUUAUCCUAUAAUGCCAUGGAUAUCGAUCUGAGUCAUAUGGUUGUCGACAAUGCGCCGCCACAGAUAACAGUUAAGUCAAAACCGCGCCCGGCACCUGCGUCUACUGGUGCCCUGAAACACAAAUGCAAACUGUGCCCCAAGGCAUUUCCAACGGUGGCACGUCUGAAAUCUCAUCAAUUAACGCAUAGUCAUUUGCCGAAAUUCUAUUGUGAUCAGUGCUCCUAUUAUUCGCUGCGUAGCGCCGAUCUCAUCCAGCACUAUACGACAGAGCACAAAUCUUGCAUUAGCGAGAGUCGUUCAAAUCAUUUGGAUAAGGCACAGCUCACUGAGCCGGCGGACAGAAGUCGCAUAUAUUCAUGCGAUAUGUGUUUGUUUGAGGCACCCAGCAGUGGGCAGUUACGUGUACACUAUAGCGAAAAGCAUCUGAUAGUGCCCAGUGAGGUACAGCUGCGCCCCAACUGGGCGUAUGAGUCAAAGGUUAGGAACGCCAGCUCAACGCUAACCAGUGGCAAUAGUACUGCAGCCCAGUUAGAUAUUCCACUGGGUAUCAAAUAUCCACCCAUGACAUCUGCGACAGGAACAGCGACAAGUGCGCCAACAGCUACCAUACAGCAGCCGCCGCAGGCAACAACAACAACUGUGGUUACGCAAAGUGGUGACAUUAAUGUUGUGGUGGAUGCCACAUCAUUGUUCUAUGCCGCGGGCCAGUUACCAGCAGCUGGUGCUCCAACAACAGGAGCUACAGAUUCAGAAACAUUUGCAAUAUUCCCAGAGCAAUCUUUUGCCAACAGCUUAACAACGUCAACAAUAACGGGGGAGACAAACGGUGUGGCACCUGCCACGGUAACUUCAAAUCCAAACACCAGCAUAUUUGGCGAUAUGCAGGAUUUUAUAGAUAACACUGAUGUGGCGGCCAUAUGCACCAUACCCGCCGAUGAUAUGCCAGUGGUCGACGGCGAUGAUAUUGUUAUUGAUAACAAUAAUAUAAGCCUGGAUUUUGAUGCAGAAAACUUAUUCGAAGACUUUGAGGACGUGGAAGUGGGCGAAGAGGAUGACGAUGAUGAGGAUGAUGCUGAAAAUGAUGAUGAGAAUGAUAACAACGAUGCGGCAGCCGAUCAAAAUCUGUUGCUAACCAGCGAUGAUGACGAUGUGGAUGACUUUGAUGACGAACAAUCGAAGCAUUUGCAGAAACCAUAUUGCAUCUAUUGUAAUAAAAAGUUUACCAGCCAAUAUAAGUUCGAGAAUCAUAUGUUUGUGCAUCGCGGUUUGGCACCCUAUCGCUGUGAACUAUGCACUAAUCUGUACAAUAUGAAACGCCUACUCAUACGGCAUUAUAAAACGGUGCACAAACGCAUGCCCACUCGUGACAUGGUGCAAGCUAAGGGCGACAAGGUGUCCGUGCCGCGAACAACCAUUGAAAAGAUAAACGUGUAUGUUGACAAACCACCCACGCUAAUGUGUGCCAAGUGUCCCUUUGAGUGCGAACAGGAGGGUGAAAUGCGUAAGCAUCUAAAUGCACAUCACGGCAUCAAUGAUGGUGUUUCUGUGCAUGCCAACGAGGUGUUUAUCAUACGCAAACUCCCCUAUGACUGUCCACGCUGCAUUCGCUCAUUUGCGGCCAAGCGCACGCUGACACGACAUUUGCAACGUAGCCAUUUAGUGGACACAAUCAUUGAGAUGCAGGCGCCUCAAUUGACAACUAGUUCGGCAUCCACAACAACCACGCCAACGGCUACAACCACAUUGCCGUUGAACGCUAGUGAUGGCAAUAAAACAACAGCAACAAUGGCACAACAGGAUUCCAACUUGUUGGCGCAGCAUGACGCUGGCAAUGUCGAUGUCGACGUCGAUGGCGAUGGCGAUGGAAAAUGCGACAGGGACAUAGGAUUCAAAACGGAAAUAUUAGACACAGAUUUAAAAGUCGAAGCGACAACUACAAUGGCAUCACAAGAAAAAAAUGCAGCAAUAACUGAAACGACAGCAGCAGAAACAGAAGUUGCAACAAUAGCAAAGACAGAAGCCACAGAAGAUGCAGCAACAAAAACUAAAGCAAUAUCAACGACAACAUCAGGAGCAGCUGCAGCAUCGACAACAACCACAACAACUGCAGGCUCAACACUCUUUACAACGCCCACGCCAUUUGACUAUGAUUUUGACUUUAUUGGCAGUGGUGCGCAUGCCGCGUCUAUUAAGAACAACAACGACAGCUUCAACAUUGCACCCAGUCCCAGUCAUCUAUUGAAUGGCAGCGACAAGCUACUGACCGCUGCGUUGGAGCCAUCGCCAAUUAAAGAUUUACGUUCGCGCUUACCGUGCACACCCAUAUUUGUGUGCAAGCAAUGCAAUCAGACAUUCGAUGAGCUUGGCAAGCUGUUGCAGCACGAAUUGGAGCAACAUUCCAGCAGCAUUGUAUCGCCGCGCGUCAGUCACCAGCAUCAGUGCAAGAUCUGUAAAACGACCUACCGCACCGUCACGCUACUAAAUUACCAUAUGAAACGGCAUGCGCCGGCCAAAGUUCCAUGCCAACAAUGCCCCAAGGAGUUUUUGAAUAGCCCAGAAUUGGAUCAGCACAUGCAGUCAGAUCAUAGCGCUAAUACAACGACACCACUGAAAUGCGGCGUAGAUGGUUGCGAAAAGACAUUUAACUACAAACAUCAUUUGAAACGGCAUCAGACAGCCUCUCAUACGCCGGUGCACUAUAUCUGUCCGGAGUGUGGACGCGACAUGUUGACUAGUCUGCAUCUAAGGAAUCACAUGUCGAUCCACAAGGGCACACAUUCUUACAAGUGUCCCAAAUGCGUUCGCACCUAUAUGCGACGCAAACCUUUUCGAAGACAUGCUUUACGUGAGCACAAAUGGGAGCUGACUGAGGAGGAAAUAGACAAAAUAUAUAGCAUAAACGAUACACCACCAUCAAUCAAAUUGCGCCAACGACGAUCAGCGAAGGUUGAGAACGAGAACUCUGAUUAACCAUCUGACGCAUCCAGUUGAGAAUAUAUGAUAAGAAUUGUAUAAUUUAAGGCAACAUACCCAGUUGCAACCUGUACAAAGAUAUUUGUAGUAUAAGCACAUUGUGUCACAUUCAUCAUAACGCAUAAAUGCAUAUUUUAUUAUAGAGUUCGCCCCAAACACUAAUCGCGGCAAAUAUGUAUAUAUGAUAUAUGUAUAUAUAUGCUUAUAUGUAUAUAUAUGCGUAUAUGUAUUUAUAUUUUUAGAGCAAAAUAGCAAUACGAGUGUUGUUUGUUACUAACUUUGCAAAAAUAUUUAUCAUGAUUUCGUAGCGACAACAUAAGCAUUAUUUCACUUUCAGUUUAGCGUAUAUAAUCUUCAAGAUUUUUAUUUAAGCAAACGAUAAAUUAAGCACAUUAAUCAAUGUUGCUUGCAUUAUUACUUAAAUAAAUAUUAUGUUAACAGUAAUUAAGUAUGGAUUUUAACUACCUACAUCUGUGUAAAAUUUUAGAUUAGUUUGCAUGUUGCUCAUUACAUAUAUGUACAUAUAUAAUAUACAUAUAGUGCACAUAGAUAAUUAACUGUCAAAACUUAAGUUUUAGACAAUUAUUUUUUGCAACUCCCGUGUAAUUG